UAACAUUACCAUUUCGAACCAAAUUCGUCGAUUCUCCAUAGAGCAUUUGCCGGAGUUCUUCUCUCUCUCUCUCUCUCUACCUUUAAUUUUCUCUCUCAUCAAUCGGUUUCAUUGAAUGUUUAAGCAAAAUGGUUGGAGUAGAAUCCAAUCCAUGCUAGCUUUUCAAUCCUCAAAGCAAAAUCUAGGGUUCGGUAUUUGAAGUAUUUCAUCAAUUUUUUCUCAAUUUCGUUUUUCCCCCAAAUCGAUCGUUAUUCCUGUUGAUCAAUCGCACCUUCUGUUGGUUUCUUCUUUUCCGGCUACCGGGACGGUGGCGACUUCUGUGAGAAUUUCGUUGUCUGUGUUUCUUCCAUCGAGAUCUUCUCCGACUUUUGUUGUUUUUUUUUUUUAAUUAAUGGGGUUUUUGUUUAGGAAUGAAUGUUAGGUUUUCACGAUGUGGGUGUUAAUUGUUUGUGUAUAAUCAUGUUUGUUGGUUGAAAUUUUGUCUAUUUGGGGUGAAACGGGUGUAGAUUGCUGGUUUUUUUGUUUAUGUAUUCGAGAUAAUUGUUGUUCUUUGGUUAUUAUUUUUUGUUUAUUGUAGUUCGAUUUUUGGGGCUUUUUUUAUUUGAGGCUAUGUAUAUUGAGGAACUGAAGGAGGAAGGAGAGUUGCAGAGUGGGGAAGAGGGAAAUUCGGGUGUUAUUGUUAGUAAUUUGGAGAGUCAGAGCAUUGUUAGGUCUGAUGUGAAAAGGAUCGUUGUUGGAGUUGGGGCUCGUGUACUUUUCUAUCCCACUUUGCUUUAUAAUGUUUUUAGAAAUAAGCUUCAGACGGAGUUUCGUUGGUGGGACAAGGUUGAUGAGUUUAUACUUUUAGGUGCUGUUCCAUUCCCUGCCGAUGUUCCUCGUUUGAAGGAGGUUGGCGUUCGAGGAGUGAUAACACUAAAUGAGCCAUAUGAGACUUUGGUUCCUUCAACUUUAUAUCGUGAUCAUGGAAUUGAUCAUCUGACCAUUCCAACUAGAGACUAUUGCUUUGCACCUUUAUUAAGUGACAUUUGCCUUGCUGUAAAUUUCAUCCACAAAAAUGCAUCACUUGGACAGACUACAUAUGUUCAUUGUAAAGCUGGACGAGGUCGUAGCACAACUGUUGUUAUCUGCUAUUUGGUGCAAUACAAGCAAAUGACGCCAGAUGAAGCUUACAAGCAUGUGAAAUCAAUCAGGCCAAGGGUGCUUUUAGCAUCAUCACAGUGGCAGGCUGUCCUGGAAUUCUACCACCUGAUUGUGCAGAAGGAUGUUUCCUUCUGCCACAUAGAUGAUCCACAAAAGGAAGUAUUAGGAUCGUUGCAUGAUCUUAUUGCAUUUGACGAUAGUUCUGUUGUUGUUGUAAAAGAAUCCGAUUUGGAUGGAUAUGACCAAAGUAUCAUCCAAAGUGACAUGGGUGAUAUCUGGGCAGAUUUAAGUGUAGUCUGCAGGGUUCGUGUUGCUGGUCAGGCAGCACUCACAAGAAUCUCUUGUUUGUGGCUCAGCUAUCGAGCAAAACACCAUAGCGAGAAGAUUUCAGGAGAUGAUCUAGGUGUCGGGAAGGGCUGUUCACUUAGUGCUACUCAUUUGGAAGGGUUCAGCGUGGACAUCCAUGUCUAUUAAACCAACUCAGAGGAACAAUGGAGCUAAUCUUAUGAGGUGUUAUGGUGUGUUUUUCUCAAAGACAACAAGCCUUUGGCAAUGGUUUGAUAAUGGUACUUGGACUUUCAUACAGAAUGUCUCUUGGCAAUGGUGAUUGGAGAUAUUGUUUGUGUAUUAAUUCUUACAUCUAACUAAUACGAAUUGUAAACUAUGUUCUCAUCUUUAAUAUAUAUUGAACGAUUCAUGA